GGCAGUUUACAGAACUUCGCCCAGACUCUCGAGUGGCUUGAGUCCAGCCAAUGACACUGGAGCCAAAAAGAAGAAAAAGAAACAAAAGAAGAAGAAAGAGAAAGGCAACGACAUGGAUUCCACCCAGGAUCAGCCUGUGAAGAUGAACUCUUUGCCAGCAGAGAGGAUCCAGGAAAUACAGAAAGCCAUUGAGCUGUUCUCAGUGGGUCAGGGGCCCGCCAAAACCAUGGAGGAAGCCAGUAAACGAAGCUACCAGUUCUGGGAUACACAGCCAGUGCCCAAAUUAGGUGAAGUGGUAAACACCCAUGGCCCUGUGGAACCUGACAAAGACAACAUUCGCCAGGAGCCCUACACCCUACCCCAGGGCUUCACUUGGGAUGCCUUGGACCUGGGAGACCGUGGUGUGCUAAAAGAACUGUACACCCUCCUGAACGAGAACUAUGUGGAAGAUGACGAUAACAUGUUCCGAUUCGAUUAUUCCCCAGAGUUUCUCUUGUGGGCUCUCCGGCCACCAGGCUGGCUCCCACAGUGGCACUGCGGGGUCCGAGUGGUCUCAAGUCGGAAACUGGUUGGAUUCAUCAGUGCCAUCCCAGCAAACAUCCACAUCUAUGACACAGAGAAGAAGAUGGUGGAGAUCAACUUCCUGUGUGUCCACAAGAAGCUACGCUCCAAGCGGGUGGCUCCAGUCUUGAUCCGAGAGAUAACCCGGCGGGUCCACCUGGAGGGCAUUUUCCAAGCUGUUUACACUGCCGGCGUAGUGUUGCCAAAGCCUGUUGGCACCUGCAGGUACUGGCAUCGGUCCCUGAACCCUCGGAAGCUGAUUGAAGUCAAGUUCUCCCACCUGAGCAGAAACAUGACCAUGCAGCGCACCAUGAAGCUGUACCGGCUGCCAGAGACUCCCAAGACAGCUGGGCUACGCCCGAUGGAAAAGAAGGACAUUCCGGUAGUGCACCAGCUGCUCAGCAGGUACCUGAAGCAGUUUAACCUCACCCCCGUCAUGAACCAGGAGGAGGUAGAGCACUGGUUCUACCCCCAGGAGAACAUCAUUGACACUUUUGUGGUAGAGAAUGCCAAUGGUGAGGUGACUGAUUUCCUGAGCUUUUAUACACUUCCUUCCACCAUCAUGAACCAUCCAACCCACAAGAGUCUGAAAGCUGCAUACUCCUUCUACAACGUCCACACCCAGACCCCUCUUCUAGACCUCAUGAGCGACGCCCUCGUUCUAGCCAAAAUGAAAGGGUUCGACGUAUUCAAUGCACUGGAUCUCAUGGAGAACAAAACAUUCCUGGAGAAGCUCAAGUUCGGCAUAGGGGACGGCAACCUGCAGUAUUACCUGUACAAUUGGAAGUGCCCGAGCAUGGGGGCCGAGAAGGUUGGGUUGGUGUUACAGUAACCAGCUGCCAGUGAGAUUCUGGAUAAAGCCACUGAGAAUCCAAACCAGGAAACGGAACCCUCCACUUGUGGUCCAGCUCUCACAGAUGUGAGAUCGCUGGCAAACAGAACAGAACUGAACCGGCUUUACCAAACCGCCAGCGAACUUGACAAUUAUAUUGCCAUGGCGUGGGCUGCGUGACGUCACCUUUAGCCAUGUUUCUGGUCUCCCUGUUUUCAGUGAAUUACCAUGCUCAUGCAGCCAUGAUCAAGGGAAUGGAACUGCUGAAACCUCGCUCGUGAUUGGCAUAUUAUGGAGUUAACGGGUGAAUAAUAAAAGUAUAUAUAUUAUAUAUAUAUAAAUAUUCUAGAUAUCUUUCAUGUUCCAAAUGUACAAGGAUGUUUGGUCUCUAAUGAGAAAGACGCUGAAUCCAGUCAUUCUUCAAUGUGAGAGCCCAAGGACAGCGGCAGACAGGUGUGCAGAUGCACGACUAUUGUUUCUUCCGCAGUGAUGGCUGUGGUCAGGGGGAGCAGGAGAGAGUGGAUCUGGGGAGCCCUUGGAAUCGGCUGCCCAGCAGGCUUUGAGCAGGAGGCAUGAUAGAGGGACUGCCAGCUCAGGAGAGGGCUCCUAGGGUGGGACUGUCCCUGGGCAGUGGCCAGCCUGCUGCUCUCUGAGACCAGGAGGUGGUGACAAUCAUGGAAGUAGAUUCAUUAAUCAAGUCCCUCUUCCAUCUCCUGGGCCCUGUCCCGGAGGACACUAUCCUACCAAGUGAUUUUAAAAGGCUGGUUGUUGCCACCCUUACAGAUGUGUGUUCUCUGAGAGACUUUGUCCUCACUUCUAGGAUGGUUGGCAUUUUGAAAGGGACUUUGGACCUUGUAGUGUCUGGGACCUUGUCAGGACCACAGUGCAAGCUUUGUUUGCUGUGUAUUAGAGCAAAGAGGGCGAAAGUGUCCCAGGAAGGCUGAGCAGGUGUGGUGUGACGAUGGUCAGGCCCUUGAGUCCCAGCCCCUGCCUGUGCCUUCCAGCCCGUCAGCCAUCUCGUGCUCCUUUGUUUCUCCUUUCCAGUAUGUGCAGCCCACAAUGGCCACAAGAAACAGUCACUAGAGAUGGUCUGGACUUAGCGCAUUGCCAGUGUCUGAGUCUGAUUAUCACCGGUGCUGUUGUGGAUUUUUGUGGGGUAGUGAUGGUUGUUGAUGCUGCCAGUUUCUCCUGAAGUGGUCAAGCCCCUGAUCACAUGGCUGCCCGUGUGGGCCUUCUCGAGCGGUGUUGAGCCAGGUGGCCCAGGAGGAUGGGCUGAACUGUCAGCAAGUCACCUCCAGCUGCCUCGUAACUUGUGCGAUGGGGGAAAGCUCCACACGACACGUAGUGGGCAGUUUCUUUGCUCUUUCACCUCUUGGCAUCUGGGGGUCAGGGGAACCUUACAGGGGAAAGAAGCCUUAGCCUCUAGCCAGGUUCAGCCUUGUUCCCUGACCUGAGUGAAGCUGUCCUACAGGCGAACAGGGACGGAGUCAUGCUGUGGCUUCUGGUAGUGGUCUACAGAAACUAAUGCUCUGACUCAGCUGCAGCCAGCGGGGCUGGAGGCGCGUCCUGCUUUGUAGACUGCUGCUGGACAGAAGCUCUGCUGGGAGGAUUCUUGUCAGAGGCUUCUAGGGAUCUUCCUUCCCUUCACUAUCCUGUGCUGCAAACUGCAAGUGCCAGCAAGGUGGCCGACUUGUGACUCCGAGAUACUCAGACCAAAGAAGCUGUUUGUGGCAAGAUGUGCACUGAGCUCUACAGAGGGAGGGGUUGGAGGCGGGGCUCCCCUCGGCCUCAGUCAUCAGACAGUGCCCUAAGUGCCCCAGUGGGCUCACCCUGCCCACACUUCAAAGAACAAAGUACUCGAGCCUUUCCUUCUUGGGUGGGCCUGGAAUGUGGAAGCCCCUGUCUUACUCUGUCAGCUGUGGGCCAGCUCUCGGCUCAAAUUACUUCUGAGGUUUGGGGAACACAAAUCUCUGGAGUGAGCUUUGGUUUCAUUGACCCUGGUCAUGGACCAGAGAACAAAACAGUGAGCCUCAGGGGAUUGCGCUGGAAGAUCUGCUGGCAACAACUCUGUCCCCAAAAACCGGUGGCUCACUCCGCCUCUGCCACUGCCUUGGGCACCCUGCCCAGGUCUGUAGGAGUUGGCUCAGGGCUUGUUUUUAAGUCUUGUUUUCAUCCGAGCUGUCCCGGUGUCUUCAUUCAACCCUCAUGGGAUUGGGGGCUAAAGAGCACCAUUUGUGGGGUUCAAAACCACUCCACAGUCUUUGAAGUAUGGCAGGCCUGUGACUGGCUUGGACCAAAGGAGAAGGGCCUUGGGCAUCCAAGCUGACCUUUCUCAGGCAGCCGCUAUAGGAAGGCCUCUGUGGGCCUGACCCUGGCCUUCUGCUGUGUACUGAAGACCACCUUUCCUCCCCUGCCUUUGGAUUGCUACCAUGGACACUGGUCUGUAGAAGUGAGCUGGGUAGAAAGGCCUUAACUCUGGACUGAGACCCGCGUGGGCUUGCUGUCCCCACUCAGGCCUGUGUCUGAAGAUGUUGGUAUCUGAGGAUUGGCUCACACAAAGCUCUGCUGACACUCGUUUUUUAAUGGAAAAUUUCAGGCUUGCUCCUUCUUUCUGGCAUUCGUCGCCCUUAUUUGCUGGCCCUCUGAAGCCCAGAGGCAGGUGUCUUUGUGAUCUUGAAUUCUGUCUCCAAAGAUGACCAGCAUUAAACCAACCUGGGGGCCCAAAGGCCCUGAGCAGUUUUCAUGGAGCCGUCUACAUCUAAGAGACUCAGGAAAGGGAGCUAGAGUGUCUCUCUGGCCUUGUCUGCCUUUUGUUGAACCAGAGACCCGUUGCGUCUCGCUGCAGAGUGACGGCGGGCGGGCCUACAGACUGUAUCUGAGGAGAUUUAGGACGGUUUUCACUGAAUUAAACUACAGUGUUCACUGUGGCCAUCAGGUGCUGCAUCUGGGGGCGUGAGAGCUUCACUUUUUUGUCUUGGCUUUUCUUUGGGCUGUGCUGGGGGCUUUCUUGCUGGGGUGGGGGCAGAGAUACCAAAUGCACUGUUCCACUCCAGACAUCUCACUUGUUUCUAAUAAAGCAAGCCGUUCAACAGUC